AUGUAUAGCUGGAUUGAUGAUACCUUACCAAUAGAACCAUGGUUUAUAGGUGGAUCUGUGAUUAAAGGAUUCGGCCGUGGUUCUAAAGUACUAGGAAUUCCAACAGCCAACUUACCUGCAGAAAACUUUUCCGACGUACUAUCAGAGCAUACAUCAAGGGUAUACUUUGGCUGGGCUGGACUUUCAACGCGAGGUAUAUAUAAGAUGGUCAUGAGCAUUGGGUGGAACCCUUAUUUUGAUAACACGGAGAAGACUAUUGAACCAUGGUUGCUUCACGAUUUUGGUGAAGACUUUUAUGGAGAGGAGCUGCGCCUUGUUAUUGUUGGUUACAUACGACCCGAGGCCAACUUUCCUUCACUAGAGAGCUUGAUAGAGAGGAUUCACGAGGAUGCAAGGAUAGCAGAGAAGGCCCUGAAUUUACCAUUAUACGCCAAGUAUACAGACUCGCCGUAUCUAAGAAAUUCCUUGAAGGAGGACAAUUCUGCUAACGGGAACCAGUCAGUGAUAGAUUCCAAGUGAUUCAACGUUGUGAAGUGAAAAACAUGAAGAAUUCUCUUUUGCAGCGUUGUUGAUGCAGAAAGAGUCCUACAGUUCUUGUGCUUGUACUGCAGCAUUAUGUUCCAUGAAUUCUGAAGGUAAUAUUUCUUGCCUGUUGGGUUUUUAGGUUUCGACCGUAUUUUGCAUAUUACCUGCUUAAACAUGAUCGUUAGUCAUGAUUUUGUAGAUCAAACCGGCUAGCGGAGCUAAUUUAGAUAGAACGAUGGAUAACUACCCGUCUCGUGGGUAAACGGAAGGUUUUCAAGACAAAUCUACAAAGAGGUGUCGUACUCUUGUAGUGGUGG